GGUGUUCGUGUAGUGCUGUGUUAGUCUUAAGCGUGGUUAGUUCUAAAUGUUUUAAGACUUAUUUAAAUUUUAAAAUUAAACUGUGACAAGAAGAAAAGUGAAUUUUCAUUAGUAUUGAAAUAUUUUGAUCAGCUAUUAAAAUGCCUAAAGCAAAAAAGAUUAAGUUUGCUCAUAUGAAGAGGAUGAUAAAUCUUCGAGACACAAGAAUUAAGGAAAAAGACCGUUUACAGCCAAAAAAGGUUAAAGUUCCAGAUUCUAAUCAAGUAACUGUGAAAGAAGCGCCCCAGUAUUCUUCUGCUCUCUUCUUCAAGUAUAACACCCAGUUAGGUCCACCAUUUCAUGUACUUCUGGAUACCAACUUCAUUAACUUUUCCAUAAAAAAUAAACUGGAUAUUAUACAGUCUAUGAUGGAUUGCUUGUAUGCUAAGUGUAUUCCCUAUGUGACUGAUUGUGUUUUGGGUGAACUUGAAAAACUAGGAAGCAAGUACAGAGUUGCUCUCAAAAUAGCUAAAGAUCCAAGGUUUGAGAGGUUACCAUGCCUUCAUAAAGGAACUUAUGCAGAUGACUGUAUUGUUCAAAGGGUAACACAGCACAAGUGUUACAUUGUUGCUACAUGUGAUAAAGAUUUGAAGAGGAGAAUACGAAAAAUUCCAGGAGUUCCAAUUAUGUAUUUAUAUCAACAUAGAUUUUCUAUUGAAAGGAUGCCAGAUGCAUAUGGAGCUCCAAAAUUAUAACACACACCUCCAGAACAACAAUUUGAGUGACAGAAAUUAUAUAAAUGUCUUGCAAGUUUGGUUUUGUAAACACAGCUGUUAAGGAAAGAUCACUCAAAAAUAAAUAUUUGGAUUAAUA